AUGACCAGAGGCCCUGCCAAACAGGCAUUCAGACCUCCUGCUCCCGUCCAGAAGAGCAAUACCACUCAGUCUUCACAGCAAAGUGGCUCUCAACGAGGCACCCGAACAAAUCAGGAUUUAGCUAUCGUCAGCAAGCAGGAUAGCUUCGAAAUCCUCCGCGUUGUUUUGGAGGCUAACAUAGGGAUAAUAUGUUAUCUCAGGAACCUGCUGUCUAACGAUGAUUUUGACCUCAAGUACAUUGCUGGGUCAUCCCCGCCUGCUGGCCAAUCUCCCAGCGAUCUUUAUAGGCUCACUAAAGCUGAAGCUCUUGCAGCUGAUAAUGGACAAGCAUCUCAACUGGGAACUCUAACAGCGCCUAAACUAUUCAAUUGGUUUAGUGUAAAGCCGGAUGAAACGACUCAGGGGCGAUGGUUGCGUGAUCGUAUCCAAGUGGGUGCCAUGGAUGCUCUCCAGAAGGGGUAUCUUCAAAGCUUGAUGCUUGUCAUUUUCCUUGACGACAAAGAUCCUACCAAUGUGAUCGAGACCUACAGCUUCAACUUUUUCUACCAUGAGCAUACUGGUAUACCAUCCAUGCAGAUGGAACAUACAGUCAGGGGCUCACAGCAGUCUCAGGCGGGGCGCGAAGAGAAACAGAAAAUCUUAGGGACACCAAUGACCUAUCUGGAUGUCCGAAGAGAAGUAAAGCAAUCUGCCACAUUACUCAUCAAAAUAUGCACAGCCCUUGAAGACCUUCCCAAAAAGCGAUUUAUGGACUUGAAAUUAUUCUACAAUAACAAAGCCCCCGAAGACUAUGUUGCUCCUGGAUUUCGAGACUCUUCCUCAGAAAAAAUGAUUCUAGGUACACACCACGUCGAUAAUCCACCACUAAAGCUCAGCACUAGAGAUCUUCAGACCGGACAUCAUGGCGUCGCACUCACUGCUCUGAAUGUAGUCCACUAUCUACCAAAAGAGUCUGAAGAGGAUGAUGAAGCCCCAAGAAAUGAUCCCGAGUUUUAUGCUCAUCGAUUUCAAGAGGUGGACGACCAAGUUCAGGAUGCUAAGCAACGGAUCGUAAUCUGGGACGCUGAUAUGCCUGCCCACGAUCGAUCUGCUUACGAUUCUUCGGCACCAGAUGUAUAUACAGCUUCUGUCGAUCCAAAAUUGGCGACAGCUAGCAACAUUGAUGGUGCUCUCAUACAGCCCAUAGGGAAAUUGACGGAGGAUGGUGAUAUUGCUGUUAUCCGGCCUUCUCAGAAAGGUAAAGAUCAGGAGAGGGCUACACGGGACAAAAACAAUAAGAACAAAAAGGGACGCACUAUUGCUGAAGACACCCUGCAGAUGUCACAAACUCUGGCCGAUCCUUUUAGACGAAAAGUUGCUCAAUCUUUAUCGCGGUCUGCUUCUGGUCUAUUCGAUAACGAGGAGACUCUGUUCGACCCUCGGUCCCAAGCCUCCUUUAUCGGUAAUUCAUCUCAGUCAUAUCUUGCAAGAAUUGACGAAGUAGAUGUUAGUGAGGAUGCAGGAGGGGAUGUAGAAGCGCGGUCUUCUGCAUCCAGAGCAAAAGGCACAGGUAGUCAAGAUAGAGGUACACAUUUACCUUCGCAGCCUAAAAAGGACAGACUAGACCCAAUCAGCCCCAACGAUCCGGACUCGUCUGAUGACCGCGAUAUCUCUCAACCACAUCGUAAAGCUCGUAAAAUCGAUGCAGUGAUAGCUAAGGUUGAAGGGAUUAAAGCUAAGGCUGUCAGAACCCCAAAAGCUAAGAGCGAUCCCAAAUCAAAAUCAAGAAGUGAUCCUAGACCAAAACCGAGAUCAAGAGCAAAACCUCGAAAAGCGGUGCCCAAAAAGCCUAGAAAGAAGACAGCAAGAAAUAGCACUCCGCUACAAGAACAAAUGGAAUGCUUCUGCGGCUCUCGGGAUGAGCUUGAUCCUAUGGUUCAAUGCGAUGGGUGCCACAAAUGGCUACACUCGCCAUGCAUGGGAUUUAUGGUACAUCAGUCCGCUUCCCAGAUCAAGCUAUUCUGCAUUGUUUGCGAGAUGCAGAAGGAUGAGACGCAUCAUUGGACCAAAAAGGAAACAGAUGCGGCGGCAAGGGAGAUGGCCGUGUUGAGUUUGACCAGGAGGACUAUGGAAGGAUUGCGCAAAAGAGGUGCAAUUGCUAGUAAUGAACUUCCAGCAUUACAAUAUGCAUUCGGUUGUUCGGUCCGUGAUAUACAUGAAGUUCUCAAAACCUUGGAAGAUGAAGGAAUCGCUGAACGAAUCGCUGAGACCCGUUCUGCACCAUGGAAAUGGGCCAAGCAUGACAGCGCCCUGACACGCUAUGCUGCUUACUUUAAGUAUGGUGGCGGAGUCGAGAAUGAAAGAUUUGCUUAUAGGAAAUUUCAUAUGAGUUCCCAAUCAAACACCUCAGCAAUAUUGCAACUUAACAAUGCUCCUGAACCGUUCCAGCUCCCACCAAUUCGUACCAGUAGGAGCAACAAACCAAUCGAAUGUACUGAAACAUGGGUAGUGACAGAUAAUGAUGCUUAG